AUGUACACCGCCGUUGAUAUCGUCAGCCUCCGCCGGUCGGUCCGUCAAGAAGCUGCCCUGUCGCCGAUUUUUGAUCUCCAACUCGAACCACUGCCGCCACUUGCCGCUGGAGACUACGUGGUUCAGGGUGUAAACGUGGAUCUGGGAGUGGAAAAUGACGGAUUUACUGUAUCCGGCAUAGACGUUGAUCCCCUGCCCGUUGGAGUGGUUCCAACUAACCAGCAGGUGGCGGCUGAGGAUAGGAGGAGGAGAAAAUUGGUAAAAAUGGUUCCAGAUAUGAAUGAGCUUGAUGCAGCAGAACGCGAACUGAGGUACCAUGAGGUCCUCAACAGAGCAAAUCCCAUGCCUCCGCUCCACCCGGCAUUGUUACUUAUGCUCCAGAAUAUCCAGGAGAGCCAAAAUUUGGCCAAUCUGAGGAUGGAGACAUUAUUACGAGUCAUGUCUGCGAGGACCAGAAAUCAACGCAUCAAGGAAGAAGAAAUGGAUGAACUCUAUCGGCCCUUGCCAAAAUUGAUGGUCGGGCAUCCAUAUGCUGCGGUAUUACCCGUCCAAGGAGUCAAUAUUGCUGUGGGGGGUUAUCAGGUGGGUGAUCUGCCCCCUGACGGACUGGUACCGACAAACAAUGAAGGGUAUAUACAAGCGAGCCACCUAAACCUGCCUGAUCUUAGAAGAAAACUUAGAGCUAUCUAUUGGUUUUAUCACGACGAGAGUCUGUUCAUCCCCCACAAUGCCCCACUGCGAAUGUGCCACCAGGGUUUGGUAGCUCUUAAGAGGUUUCACCUUCCUUGA